GGUUACUACAAAUUGGCCCAUAGUUUGAGUUCAGAUUUGCCUGGUGUUGCUCAUGCAAGCUCUCUGUCUAAGAUUGGUAUUUCUGCCGAAAGUGAAGGAAUGCCAUGCCAAGAUGAAUUUUUUAACUCUGGCCAAUGUGCUGAUAGAUCAGUGAAUCUUGAUUCUUCAAAUGGCAGA